AUGGCAAGCAAGCAUGAGAAGUUGCAGAGGAGGUUGUCUGACGCGUCCGAUGCCUGUUUGGAGAAACUGGACGUCGUCAUAAGAAAGCUGUAUGCACUAGCGGACGAACUGGACAUACAACAAAAGAAAAUGGACAUCGCAAAAAUUAGUUUCGCAAGUUCUGGUGUUGUUGGAGGAGGUUUGGCCAUUGCAGGUUUCGGUUUAUCUUUUGUCACAUUCGGAGCGUCUCUCAUCCUAACGGCUGUAGGAACCGGCAUCGCUGUGGCUAGCGGUGCUGGGGGAAUCGCUACAACAAUUGCAGAGAAAAUUGUUAAAAACAAAAGCGUCAAAGAAGCUAAGGAAGCGGUGCUGGAGUAUUCCUCUGCCCUGGCGGACUUUGUGCUUAUCCUUGAAGUCUUCAGUGAUGCCUUGACACACGACGAGCAGGUACGGAUGCUGGCCAUCCUGCAGUCAUCCUCCAGUGAUGACACUUCCACUGAGGAUCUCUUCAGUGACGUGCAGGAUAACACCAUGGCUGCAGGUGCAUAUAUGAAAGCUCACAAAAUCCUUAAAGCAGCCAAAAUUGUUAAUGCCACAGUUGGUGCCAUAGAGACUGGGGCUAAAGCAGGACUGCAUGCUAGUGCCAAGGCAGGCCAGGCAGCUGCUGAUAUUGGCGGAGAGGUGUUUACAGGUGGUAAGGAGGCGUUCCGAGCACUGGGGACUGCUGCUAAAGCCAUCAAGAUAGGAGGGGUAGUCUUGUCAGGAGUUGGUGUCAUCAUUGACGUCGGAUCUAUUAUAUACUACGGCAUCAAAAUACGUAAACGCAAACCUUCUGAGAUUGCGCAAAUGAUUCGCAAAGUUGCCAGAUCCUUGGAAGAUAAGGAUGAAGAACUGGGGGGAAGAGGUUGCUUUCGAGAAAGAUGA